AUGGCAGUCCACGAGAUCCUACCAUGCUCCCCCACGGACACGGCCGAGAUGGCCGCCCUCGAACGCGCAGCAUACGGCUCUAAACCAUACACCCGCCUCAUGUUCGGCGAGCCUAACGCAUCCUCCCUCAAUGCGCGAGCACAGAGAUUCGCCCAGAUCAUGGUGCGGCCUUCCUCGCGCUGGUUUAAAGUCAUGUCCGACGAUGGCAAGAUAAUCGGCAUUGCGCUGUGGGAGUUCAGGACGGAACCAGACUGGAUCAAGCACCUCGAGGCGCCCGAGAAAGCCGAUGAGUACGUUGAGACGGGCGAGGAAGGACUGCCCGAGUCAGGGUUUGCGGCUCGCCGGGCAUCUUUGGGCUGGCUUUAUAGCGUCAGGAAGAGAAAGAUGGCUGGGAAAGGGCAUAUCUUGUUGAAUCUUCUGGCUGUGCACCCGGAUUAUCAGCGUCGAGGUAUCGGCGGGGCGCUGCUGAGGCAUGGUCUUGAAGAGGUGAAGAAGUCGGGCUUGCCGGCUUGGUUGGAGUCUUCGCGGGAUGGGUUCCCGCUUUACAAGGCACAUGGGUUUGAGAUCGUGGAGACAGUCUGCUGGAGGAUGGCGGACUAUGGAGGAACGGAAGAAGAUGGCGAUAUCAAGUCGUGGGCGAUGAUCAAGGAGGCAGCAUGA